CUUCUCUCCAUAUCAUUUUAGUUUAUAUUUCAACAUGGUAUCAGAGCCUUCCAUUUUAGUUUAGUUUUUCAGAUUUCAAUUUAAGUUUCAGACUGGAUUCUUUCUUCAAGAACCUGAGUUCAGUCUUCAGAUAAUUCAGAACCUUCAGACACCAGUCUGUCUCCAAAUUCUUUCUUCAGGAAUUUCAGAUUUUUUAUUUCUUCCCAGAUUCUUCAGAACCUCUAGGCACCAGUCUAAUUUUCCAGAAAAUAAAUUAGCCUGAGCUAAUUUCCCAGAAAAUUUCUUCACAUACAGUCUGCCCACCAGAAAGUUUCGGAUCACACAUUUCAUCAUCACCGUACCCAGGUGGUGCGGGUGCCUCCGACGACCCAGAAACCAAAGUCCGACACCCAUACUAUACGCGAGUAAUCCGCACGCGCCGCCACAGCUCGGUGAUCUCAACUCAUGCGCCGGCGCGUGUCGUGUAAUCGCCGGCCAGAUUUUCGAUCGGAUCCAUCACCACGCUCGCCGUCGUAUCCUCUACCGCACGUGCUUCCUCUUUCCAGGUAUCCUUAAUUUUAAUUUUGGAGGUCUCACUCGUACUUGGACAAAAUCCCGUGGGUGCUUCAUAGCAAGGGUGAAACCUGCUAAUCUGGUGUGGCUGCUUGAACGUGGACCCUGUGAGGCUCCUUGCCUCCUUGUACGUUCUUUCCCAGGCUGUCUAUUUCAGUUGGGGUGUGAUUGUUCAGCAACCAACGUACGCCUACGAUUGGUUCUUGUACUUAUGUAAGUUUAGGCCUACAAAUAUUAUUUCAGUCACCCUAAUUUACUUGAUACCUUAAUUCUGCACGACACACACAAAAAAAAAAAAAAAAAGAAAAAAAAAAGAAAAAAAAAAGCAAAAAAAAAAAAAUGUUUCGUACAGGUCAAUUUGACAGAGGAGUAAUAUGCAAUUACUGCAAGAAGCCCGGACACUUGAUCAAAGAAUGCAGAAAAUUGCUAUUCAAAAAUCAAGGAAAUCAACUUGCUCAUGUCGCUUCCGCUACCAGUUCCUCUGAUGGAUCAAUUGCUAUUUCUGUAGACGAGUAUGCCAAAUUUAUUUGCUACCAAGAAUCUCUAAAGCAUUCCUCUGUCCCUAUCUCGGUAGUUGCUAAUUCAGGUAUUUCAAACACAUGUCUUGUUUCAUCAUCCUCGAAAUGGGUCAUUGACUCAGGUGCCACAGAUCAUAUGACCGGUAAUCCUAGUCUAUUCUCAUCAUUUCAUUCAUAUUUACCUACUUCUAGUGUCACUUUAGCUGACGGGUCUACCUCACCCGUCCUUGGAUCCGGUACUGUUGUCCCAACUUCUACAUUACCAUUAUCACCUGUUUUGAGUCUUCCAAAUUUUGCGUUUAAUCUGCUUUCCAUCAGUAAAAUCACGCGCACUCUAAAUUGUUCUGUAACAUUUUUUCCUGGAUACUGUGUGUUUCAGGAUCUGUUAACGAAGCAGACUAUUGGUAAAGGACAUGAGUCGGCUGGCCUUUAUAUUUUGGAUACAUCAAUAACAAAAGGUCAAUAAGUUGAAGAUAGAGAUGGCUGCCAAACUGACUCUAACCAGUCAAAGCAUUCACUUUCAUAUGCGGUGCAACUUCAGGAACAAGUAACUUGCAGGGUAGAUCAUCUAUUGGAGCUCAGAAGGCCUGAAAAAAAAAUAGCUACAUUCCAUCACUCCGCAUUUUAGAAUAAUAAAAAUCACACCAAGCAGAAAAAAUAGGUCAAUGAGAUUUCAAGUGUAUAUAGCUUUGUCUUUGUAGUUCUUUUUAUCUCAUUGUCUUUAAUAUGGUUCAGUUUAUUAGGAAUCCUCCUUA